AUGAGUGAAAAAGAUCUUGUUCAACAUUAUAAAGUGUUGAAACAGUUUCUUGCUAUAUCGGAUGAUCAACAAUCAAGAUCCAAAUCAAAUUCAUCUCGAGCCCAAAGAGCCAGAGAGAAACUAUUGAAAUUAUCAUCAGCGCAAUUCAAAGAGUUAAGUACCGAUGUUUAUGAUGAAUUAAGAAGAAGAAUAGAUGAAAGUAGAUCAGAACCAGAUUAUUUGUUACCUAAAUCUUCUUUCCACCCAAAAAGAAAUCAAGCAAGACAAAAAUUGGCAUCUUUACCACAAACUAGAUUCAAAGAUUUAGUGGCUGAUAUCUCAUAUGAAAUAGAACGAAGAGACUUGCACGUGGAAAGACAACUGCAACAUUCACACACCACUUCAAUGUCAUCUAAUGGAAGCCAGUUCCAACAUGAACGCAAAUCAUCGUUAGCUUCCAGUCAUCAUCGCAAUGAAUCUUCCAAUGGUUAUCAUAGUCGUCUGGCAUCACACCAUUUGAAUGACUUUGCCGCAACAAAAGAAGUUGACGAAGAGAAAUUAAAUGAUAGUAAAGAUGACUUGAACAACACUUCCAGCAAAAACAUCACUAUGCCAAAUGCUGAAGCAUCUAAUCAAUCAAUAGGUAUUCAACCUUCUCAAGUAGUACCAACAAAGGCUAAUCUUGAUUGGUCUAGUGAUGAUGAAGGAGAUGAUGAACAAGAGGAAGAGGAAGAAGAAAAGGAAAAAGGAAAGAAUAUUUCUGAUCCAGCACAAACACAACACCAACACUCCAACUCUAUAAGUAAUAAUAGAGAUAUAAACACAAAAGGCGAGAGAAGUCUUAGUCAUAAUGAAAAGGAUAGCGAAUUAGCCAAGUUGGAGACAUUAGUUAAUGACCUCAAGAAUAAGUUGAAAACAGCAGAGUCCGAAAGGUCAAAAUUGAAAGGCAAGCUUGAGUCUCUUCAAGAAGAUUAUAAUUUUUCUGUCAAUCAAAACAAAUCUCUCAGUGAUGAGUUGGAGUCUUUAGGGAAAGAGAAAGAGCGUUGGAUAACAAAGCACGACAACCUAACCAAAUCUAUAGGCAAUUCUGAUGAAAAUUCUAAAGAGAUAGAAAGAUUGAAAUCAAUAAAUGCAGCAUUGAGACUUGAGAACCAAUCAUUAAAGAAUACCUCAUCCAGUCCCAGAAGUGUUGGCAGCCCACCAACAGCAAUCAAUGCCAUCAGUAGUACCAAUUCAGGUAAUUCAGCUAAAUUAUCACAAAAGAGUGUGGAUGAAUUUUUGGAAAAGUUGGAAACUAUUCAACUUUCUCCUGGAUCGACUUCCAAUAACCCAUCUACCCUAGAAUUGAAAAACCAAAUUAAGCUUUGGCAACGCCGAUACGAAGAUUCCAGAUCCAAUGCAAUUGCACGGGAUAUCAAAAAGGCUUCAUUACCUAAAAUGGAAUUGAAGCCAUUUGUUGCGUCUCACGGUUUAAUUUCAAUAAAAUUAGUCAGUGAUGCUCUUGCUUUGAUUGAUUCAUUUUUGGGGUAUUUAGCCAGUGAAAAAUGUGAUUCAGAUAUCUUGUUUGAAAAAAUUUCUAAACUUGCAAUUGUUAUAAAUGAAAUUGCCAACCAAGGUGAUCGUCAACGUUUGGGCAGUAAUGAGCAUUCAGUUAUGUUAAGGGAAGCAGUUGCCUACUCAUUAACUGCCACAAGAUAUCACGCUACAUAUAAGCAAUUGUUUCCUCGUUACAUUGUGGAAAAAUCAAUUGGUGAAUUGAAUUGUAUACUUUGUGACUUGAUAGCAGAGUGUAAGCUAAAUGAGAAUUCAACCAAUUUAAGAGUGCUUGACGUGGAGACAAAAGUUCCUAAAAAGUCAGUAAAUGAAGAUUUUGGUGUUAGACCACUACGUAUGGCCAAUAAAUUAAAGGUUAAUCAGAGCCAACAAGAACCUACCCAAGAAUCAAAUUCAGAAACUAGAGCUUUACAUUACGAGGAACAGUCUCCAUUUAUUGAUGAGACAAGAGAUAAACCAGUAAAAUCCAAAGCUACAAGUGCAUUCACAGCAUUAAGAGCUCAAAGAGAGAAAGCUAGAGAAGAAAAAUCAUCAACAAAUGCAGCUCAUGCGGCGUCUUUUUCUAAGGGCGCAACAGUUGCAGCUACUGUUGGUGGUGCCCUGGUCCCUGCAGCUGCUCAAGUUGUUUCUGCAUACGGAGACUCGCGUACAAAGAAAUCUACGCAUAAUGUUGCUUUUAACGAUAAUCCUAUUUCUAUAUCUCCAAGAUAUCAAAACUAUGACUCUGAUGAAAACGAAGAUAAUUUGAAUGAUGAUGUACCUGCUGAUGAUAAUUUUACUAGGAAGCCAGUUGAUGCUGAUGUUCAAACUGGGAAUCUCACUUCAGGAGGUUUUAGUACUAACAGCACACCAACUAAAGUCAAAGUUAGUCGAUCAAUAAGUGCGGAUGGUGUUGAACCCGAGUUCGCCACCAGCAAUUCCAAUUCCAAUUUCCAUGAUAAUGUCGGAUAUCAGAAAUUGAGAAACUUGGACUCAGGUAACAAUUUUGUCACGCAAAACUCAGGAAAUUUGAAUUCAUAUAAACCAAACUUGGAUAAGUCUCCAGCUCGUGAGACCAGUUUAGAUUCAAGUGAAGACAAGUAUGCUCUGCCAAUGAGAGAUACCGAUCAAAGUUUUGAUAACGACCAGGAUGAUAGCUUUGAAACUGCAUACACAUUUGGCAAGAAUUUGGACAAUGUUCAUGAAAGCAAUAGUAGAAAAGAAGAUGUUGCCACACGAGGAUUGAGUAAUAACAAUGAAGUGGCAUCUCAAAAGGAGAAUUUUGAAAAUGAAGGCAAGAAGAAGGGAAGUAUUGCCCUGUUAGCUUCUAAAUAUGAGAACAAUCUUUCAGAACAACCCUCAUCUCGAAAAUACUCUCCGGUUAAGAAUAAAUCAGAGAAACUUCCACAAGGAGUUCAAGAAUUAGCUAGAAGAAUCACAUCUCCAGAAUCUUCACCAGAAUCCCAAAAAUCUAUUUCACAAGCAUCAAAGGUAUCUCCAACAAAGAAAGGUGUUCUUGACAAAGUGAAACAAUUUGAAAGUCCACAAAAAGAAGAUGUACUUUCUUCUCCAUCGCCAAAGAAAUCACCAGGACAAGAUAAAGUUCCUUUCAAAUCCAUGAAGACUUCGUUUGAACUGAGUAAAUCACUCAAAAACGAAAAAGAUCCUGGGCAAUUGUCAGCACCAUUCAGUGCUAUUCAUCUGGUUUCUGAAGAAACAUCUAAAAAAGGAGUUGAGAAUUCUACUAGUGCUGGUGCUGCUGAAACAUCUACUUCAUCUGACACAUCUACUUCAAGUUCUGCGCCAGUUAAAAGCAAAGGAUUAUUUCAAUCACUUAGAGAUAGAUUCACUGGAGAAACAAAGAAAGAAGAAGAAGAAGAAGCACCACCACCAGAGGAUGAAGAAUCAGGAAAGAACAUUGAAUCUUCUCAAUCUGAUGAUACAAUUUCUGAUAAUGAGAAACAAAAUGAUACUCAAAAUGAGAAUCUUAUGAAUACUGUUGAAACGUCACCACCAAAAGAUGUUGAUGAUGAAAUAAUUGGUAAGCCUGUUCAAGUUCAAUAUCCCGAACAGAAGACUACACAUGGUAGUGAACAUGAGGCUGACAAAAGUAAAGAAUUGCCAAUAGAGAGGAAAGAUGUAAUGAAAGAACCUUCUUCAAAGGGAAUCAAGCACGAACCAGAAGAAAGUAGUAAAACUGAGCACAAGCCACAACAGCAAAGAUCUUUAUUACAAAAGUCUAAACAACAGAAACCAGCCACGCCGGCAUCUGAAGAAUCCUACAGUGAAGAAGAAGAAACAGAGGAAGAAAUCAGAGCCAGACAAAGACAAGAAUAUAGAAAGUCAAUGGCGGCUGCUACUUUUAAUGUGGAUUUGUUUGAUAUUGAUGAUCCAGACAACACAUUAACUCAAGUUUUACUUUAUUUGGAACAUCAAACAGUGCAAGUUAUCAACACAAUUCAAUCAUUGCUUGCAGCUAUUAAGAAGCCGAAUGCUACUAGAGGUGAAUUACGUGAAAAGACCAAAGCUAUCACUGUUGUGAUUUCACAAAUGACUGAGGCCACCAAUACAUCUAUGAAUCAAACUCGUAAUGCUCAAUUAAAAGAACAUGGAAGUUGGGUUGUUAAAAGUUUAGAAGAUUGUUAUCAUAGAAUGAAUAUUUUAUGUAAACCUGGAGAAAAACCUGAUACUUCAUUUGCGGAUAAGAAUUUCAAACAAAGAUUAGCAGGAAUUUCAUUUGAUAUUGCUAAAUGUACUAAAGAAUUAGUCAAAACGGUUGAAGAAGCUAGUCUUAAAGAAGAUAUUGCUUAUCUUGAUGCUAGAAUAAGUCAAACUCUCGAAUAA